UUUAGCCACAUAAAACCGUCUGUUUUCCAAAGAGCCUUGAGAAGAUGCUAAUCUCGCACGCUGAAGGUCUUCGGUGCUCUUGUGGGCGUGGUUUGUCAUGGCAGCCUGCUCUCCGAUUGGUCAAGCGAGCACUUGCUCUUCCCUCAUUGGUCCGUUAUAGACACGACAGGGCGGUAGUGCAAAAAAAAAAGAAAGAAAGAAACUGCGUUCAUUGUGGCUCCACAGUCCAGGGGCAAGUCCGUGCCUGUUUCUCAAGAAUCUCAGAGCCAACAUGGCGGCCGAACCGAGCCAGUUUCCUUCACCGUUUUGUGUGAAAACAACUGAAAAAGUAGGAGGCUAGCGUAGCAGCAACAACAUCAGCGUCACAUGAUUCGCAAAGCCAGGCUGCCCUGUUCCAAUAUGGUGGUCAGCUUGGCGGAGCUGCGUCUCCCGUUGAUCAUAUCGUUCCUGUGCGGGUUCGGAACCUGCAGCCUUCAAGAGACGCAGGUUUACGGACUGCGCCUGGAGGACGUUACCGAGCGGGUGUUCAUGCGCGAACGGGUCAUCGUAGCUCCGCACGGGACCACUUUCAAGCUCAGAUUGUUUGGGUCCUACCUGUCCAAUGAGACCUGGCCGUGGGUCGCGUUCGCCGCGGCUGGAGGCGGCUCGCUUGACCCCUGCGGGCUGGAGGAGCGCCGCAACUCCUCUGCGUUCCAGUUACGCGGAGCGUUCGUGUCGGAUGACGAGAACAGCGGGACUGUAGAGGUCCAAACCGAAGCAGCAGCAUCCAAACCGGAGAAUAAAGAUGCAGAGCCCGUGCUCCAUCAUUUCUGCGUCUUAAAGGGCCAGGCGUGGGGCUCUGUUGGGUCGGACAAAUUGGUUAUUAGGAACCCGGAUGUGCCGUCGGAUUACAUUCCGUUAUGGGGUCUGAUUUUGGUGGUUGUGCUUCUGGUUUUGGUUUGCAGUUUGGUCAGAUGUGUGAAUCUGAGUUUGCUGUGGCUGGACCCGUUGGAGCUGUAUGUUCUGCACAGCUGCGGUUCGGAGGAUGAAAAGCGGGCGGCCAAGCGGCUCAAGCCCAUCCGGAGGAGAGGAAACGUUCUGGUUUGUUCGCUCUUGUUCAUUUGCGCUUUGGGUCACUCGGUGCUCGGCAUCUUGUUGUACCGUCUCUAUGGGUCCGUCGUGCCUGCUGUGUUCACGAGCGGCUUCCUUGUAUUCCUCCUGGCCGAGCUGGUUCCUCAUGUUGUAUGUUCGGGUUAUGGGUUCCAGAUGGCACCGGGUUUGAUAUGGCUGGCCCAGAUCUGUCUCAUCCUGACGUGUCCGCUUUCUUGUCCGCUCGGCCUCCUGCUAGACUUGAUCCUGCACCGGGACGUGAGCACAGUGGGCAUCCGCGAGAAAACCAUGGAAAUGAUUCGGACUAGUGUGAACGAUCCGUAUAAUGAGUUCGUCAAGGUGGAGUUCAGCAAAGGCGCUCUCAGGACCAAAACCGUGGAGGACAUCCUGACCCCCCUGAAAGAUUGCUUCAUGCUGCCCUCCACGGCCGUGCUGGACUUCAACACCAUGUCUGAGAUCAUGCAGAGCGGCUACACUCGCGUCCCGGUGUACGAGGAGGAGAGGUCCAAUAUCAUCGAAAUCCUGUACGUCAAAGACCUGGCGCUGGUCGACCCGGAGGACCGCACUCCCAUGACCACCAUCACCAAGUUCUACAACCAUCCUCUGCAUUUUGUUUUUAAUGACACCAAGCUGGACGCAAUGCUGGAGGAAUUCAAAAAAGGAAACUCCCACCUGGCCAUCGUUCAGAAGGUGAAUAACGAGGGCGAAGGAGAUCCGUUCUACGAGGUUCUGGGUCUGGUCACGCUGGAGGACGUCAUCGAGGAGAUCAUCAAAUCGGAGAUCCUGGACGAGUCUGACGGCUACAUGGACAUGAAGGUGAAGCGCCCGAUGGCCCCGGUGGAGAUCCCUCUGGAGCCACGCAGCGUUCACGACGAGUUCUCCAUCUUCAAACCUCCAGAAGGCGAACCGAAGAUCCGUACCUCUCCUCAGCUGCUGCUGGCCACCCACCGAUUCCUGUCCCGAGAGGUGGAACACUUCAGCCCGCAGCGAGUGUCUGAGAGAGUCCUGUUUCACCUGCUGCGGCACCCGAGCGUCAACCAAGAAGUGAAGUUUGACCCUGCGAACCGGCUCAGUCCUGAUCACUACCUGUACACGCGGAACCACCCCGUAGAUUACUUCAUCCUGCUGCUGCAGGGCCGAGUGGAGGUGGAGAUCGGGAAAGAGGGUUUGAAGUUUGAGAACGGUGCGUUCACCUACUACGGCGUUUCGGCGCUCACAGCUCCCUCCUCAGUCCAUCAGUCUCCGGUGUCCACGCAGCGUCAGUCCCCCAGAGACCCCUUCGAUCUGGGGGACGCCACCAGCCCGUCCAGCUACUGUCCCGACUACACCGUGCGAGCCCUCACAGACCUGCAGUUCAUCAAGGUGACCCGUCUGCAGUACCUCAAUGCCGUGAUGGCGUCGCGGGUGGCCCAGAGCCCCGAGCCGCCUGAAAUCAAGAUCCUGCCCAACAGUCAAACCAAACUCCUGAACGAGAAAAACACUACUCAAGACUUUCAGCUCCACUUUUCAUUCUUUGACGCAAUUGACAACUACUGUUAGCGUGCUUUGCAUGAGACAGGAUAUAAAUGUCCAGGUGCGAGCCAGGAAUCCAGCACAGACGAGGAGCUUCACAGCCAGAGACGAGCCUUUUGACCUUCCUGCGGAACCCGCCGGGAUUUUAUUAUGACAACUAAUUUGUUUUUGUCGUCUUGAAUCUUUUACUCCUGGAACGCAGCGAUGGAUCCAGAUGGAGGACUGUUGAGGAAAGCUAAAGACGUGAUGUUGGAGACGCGUCUUUCUGGUCAGGCGGGAUCUGUUCCCUCGGCUCUGCUUACUCAGCUGUUCCCUCGAUGUCACUUCCUCUGCCCUCUGUUUGGGUUCACUCAUUUCCUUAAGCUGUAUGCGUGUGCAUAUGUGCUACUAAAUUAAAUGGUGUGCCAAGAUCUUACUAUCCCUGUCGUAUCGUAUAAAGCAGUAUUGCGGCUCUGUAUAGUCGAGCCCUAAUGUGCCAAAUUGGUUCAGAGCAACAGAAAAUAGCCAUUUACUCAUCCUCAAGUCCCCUAAACUUGUCUUUUUCAAUCAGUAGUGACUACAGCCGUCCGCCUCCCUCUGUAAAUGACAACACAGCUUCACUCAAAUGUUAUCCCGCGUACAUAUUUGAGCUGGAAUAAUGCCAUCAAAUCUGAACACAAAUAAGAUUUUAGACCUUUGGGGAAGUACGCCGUGGUUUAGCAAAAAAACGCUAGCUUCCAUGCAAUCUUUCCAUUCCACGAAAGGUUCCUUAGAUUAUUAUGUUCUUCACACACUCUUAAAAAAAAAGGUUCACAAGGGGUUUUAACGGCGACGCCGCGGAAGAAUCAUUUUGGGUUCCUUUAAAGAACCUUUCAGUGAGCAGUUCUUAAAAUAGCUAUUUUUUCUUUGUAUAAAGAACCUUUCCAUUUUAAAGAACCUUUUGAAAGGUUCUUCAUGGAACCACCGUCUAUAAAGAUCUUUUAUUAUAGUGUUGUUGUUCUUGUUUUUUUUUGGUUAAAGGUCUGUUUACUGAAAGGUUAUUUUUUUGGAGCCAAAAAAGGUUCUUCUACGCUUAAAGGUUCCAUUCUUUUUUACGGAAUCAUUUCAUUUAUGCAAAAUAGAGAACUUUUGGAUCAAUGGAACGCACUGUUAAAGAGUAAAAUACAAUAUUAUAAUAUAUAAAAAGACAAAGCAUCUUAUGUUUUUUUAUUAUUAUUAUUAUUAUUAUAAAUGAACUAUACAUAUACAAAACCCUUGUACACAAACUAAAAAACACUUAAAAAUAUAGAAUUGUUAUUGUAGUUUUUAUAAUCAUAUUUUUAGUUAUUGGUCAUAAUAAUUAUAUCUAUUUCUAAUCAGUAUUUUAAUUUCACACACACACACUUACAUGCAUACAUGCACACACGCACACAUCAGACAACAAUUCUGAUGAAGCUGUAAAAAUUCUGAUGAGGAUAUAAUGAUUCAUUGGCCCUUGGCCUUCUUUUUUGUGCAUCUACAAUUUGAAUUGUAACGUAUUUUGGACGCUGUCCACAGAAUGACGUCAGAAUAAGCUGCUUUAUGUACAGCGUUACCAGGGUAACUGCUAUUUUACCUGAAGCGACACCUAGUGGUGAAGAAUGAAUUGGCAUUUUUCAUUCAGACCAACACAAGUGACCAACAAGUGGGCGGGCAAUACGCUAACGGUUCACUUUGAAGAAAAAACCGAAAAAACCCUUUUGGAACUUUUUUUUUGUGUGUGUGUGUGUGUGUGUGUGUGUGUGUGUGUGUGUGUAGAUGGAGAUUAAUCAGUACUAGGUUUAAAAAAAAAACACAAUACUGCUUUCCAAAGACAGGUUUGAUGGUGAAUUCUUAGGUGGAAUAUUCCUUUCAGGUCCCAGUACGUUAAGUGCCAAUGUGUGUUUAUCUGCAAGAAGUGGAAAGCUGGAUUUUUCACGUGAAAAUGGUCUUGCGCGUGAAGUCAUCGCUAACAGAAAUAGGUCCUUCACAGUCUCAGAAAUUCCUAUAUUGAUGCAUUAAUUAUCAUUCGCUUCGCCGAAUACGUUUCCCUCCGAGUCUUCAGACUGUUUGAUUAUCUGCAGAAAAACUCACGUGAGAGUGACAUUACAAUGACCCGAUUUUUUUGUGUGUGUGUCUUCUUUUACCGCAUGCCUACGUCCGGCUGCCUUUUUUUAAUUUUGCAUCUCAGAAUAUUUGCUUAUUAGGUGACUGAACGCCUUGCAUGACUGUAGCGGAUUCAGCUAACGGUGUAGACAAAAAAAAAAGAAAAAAAUGUCCAACCUCUGCCAUACUUGGAAUGACCUGAAACAGCAAUUUCUGAAAAAAGUCAUAUAUUUUGAAAUGUAGAAGACCUGCUUCUUAAUGGCGUGUUUCUGGCAUUCCAAGGUGUUCUCUUAUAACCGCUAUCCGUUCCAUCCGCUUGUCUUAGAGAAGAUGCUUGGUUUAAGUUUUAUGUUGAGCUUCAGGGACAUUCCAGCCCUCACGACCGUUCAGAUGUUUGGAGUUAUGUGCUUUUAAACUCGCCGAGGAUGUUUUAUUGGAUCACGGUAAAACAAAUUGUGAAACGAUAUUAGUUUUUAUUAUUAUUAUUAUUAUUUGAAUAUACUUUAAAAUGUGAUUCAUGGGUUGAAUUUUAAGCAUCGUGAUCUUUCAGAGAUCUGAAUCAUUCUAAUCACGCUGACUCGCUGCUCAUUUAUUAUCCAUGUUCAUAUUUUUGUGGAAAUAUUUUCCCGUGUUCCAGUAAGAGCGGCAUUCAUUCGAAAUGGCAAUCUUUGAUGUCUUCACUGUCGCUUUUGAUUAAUUUAACCUAAUCUUUCGGGAAUAAAGUAACCAGUUUAUUGAAAAUCACGAGCCCAAGCUUUUAAAGGGUAGUGUAUAAUUCGGGUUUUGAUGCGCAAAGAAAGGGUGCGAUGUUCUUCAAGACUUUCAAGCCUUCGUUUGUUAUGUUUUACUGAUGCAAAUAGUCAUGUAACCAAUUUUAAGCAGUUAUUUACAAAGUGUGCUUAUUUAUGUCGUUGUCAUUAUAGGCCAUCCGCUGAAAACUGACUGCACCGAUCAGUGUGUGAUCCCAGUAAAUAUUUUUCUGCUGUUCAAAAUGUUGUACUGUUUGUUCUGUUGUAAAAGUCAGUUUAUAUGGUCACAAAAUAACGAAUGUAUAAUAUAUAUAUAUAGAGAGAGAGAGAGAUAAAAAUCCUUGUCUUACAAUAUUUAUCAAAAGAAAUGCUGCAAUUUUUUUUUUUUUUUUUUUUUUUUUGCAUAGGUUAGAGAUCACUGUAAACGACUUAAGAAACAUCUGAGGUUGUAAAGUGGGAACAGUUGCUGGCAGAUGUCAACUCUUCAGGUACAAACGUAGAUAUCACCAGGGAUUCGAACACACUUUUACUUCCGCCCAGCCGGGGUUCAGAUCUCCUCUGUAUUGUACGCGAGCCGUUGAGUGCUCUCGAUAUCAACUCUUUCGUAGGAAAUAAACACAGCCCAGUGCUCAACUGA